CCCGUCGGCUGCUCCGGGGCGCCUUGGACGCUCAUGUCCUACAUGAUUGAAGGUGGUGGCUCCACUACAAUGGCCAAGGCCAAGAGCUGGCUCUACCGUCACCCUGAGGCAAGCCACCGACUGUUGCGGCUGCCGGCUGGGGUCGUCACUGACUACCUGGUGGGGCAGGUGGCUGCUGGAGCACAGGCGCUCCAGCUGUUUGAGUCCCAUGCGGGGCACCUGGGCCCGGAGCAGUUUCAGGACUUUGCCCUGCCUUACAUCCGAGACAUCGCCCAGGCUGUCAAGAGCAAGCUAAAGGAGGAGGCGCUGCCCCUGGUGCCCAUGAUCAUCUUUGCGAAGGAUGCACACUACGCGCUGUGGGACCUGGCCCAUGCCGGUUACGAGGUGGUCGGUCUCGACUGGACCAUCCGGCCCCAGGAAGCUCGUGCACAGACAGGGAAAGAUGUCACUCUGCAAGGAAACCUGGAUCCCUGUGCUCUCUACGCACCCAAGGAGAAGAUUGGUGAGCUGGUGAAGAAGAUGCUGGAGGGUUUUGGGACCCAACGCUACAUCGCCAACCUGGGCCACGGCCUCUAUCCCGACAUGAGCCCCGAGCACGUGGGUGCCUUCGUGGAGGCUGUGCAUGCUCAUUCCCGCCACAUCAACAAGCACAGCUGAGCCUGAGGGCUUGGGGACAGGACUCCGGUUUGGGCACAGUCACCCCAAGUAGUGUGUUGUCACAGGGCUCGCUCCAGGCUGGGCUGCGGCAUUAAACCAGCACCUUCUCUGCA